AUGGAACACGCCGUGUUCACUAGUCUGCCACCAGACAAGCAAGAGACGCUUAAAAAGCUUAUGUCUCUGCUUGGCCCGGAGGGCAUCACCCACCUUGCGACGCAAGGCCCAGAGGCGGUGUCCGCCACACUGGAGGCUUUUGCAAGUUAUGAGAAAGCGCUCUUAGAGCAUGUUCAAGAGCGUGUGAACGCUGUGUCGUCUGCUGCGCCGGUCGCGGCAGCAUCGUUGACGUACGGAAGGUCGGAUAGACCGAAACCGCUCAUGUUGAGCGUUAAAAUCUUCGAAGGGAAGGAAGGGGAGAACCAUCUCCUUUGGACCCGUGAGGUCAAGAUGGCCAUGGGGUCAGCCUUGCUCAAGGAGGAGCAGCAGCGCGUAGCGCUUGCGAUCUCGAAGCUCGGUGGUAGAGCUAGAGAAUGGGCACUGACGUGCGGGACGUCUGUGGACGCUACAUUUCCACUUGGAAUCAGCUGA